UUAAAUGUCGGUUCGUGGUGAGGCGUAGGUGGACCGCUGCAGCUAUGUUUUUUCCGCACCUUCUUUUUCACCUUGUGCUCCAACUAACCACAGCGGAAAUAGAUCGCGGCAUCGACAGCACACCGCACCCAGUUCCUGCACCGUUUAACCUGACUCUGAAAUCCUAUAACUUCAAUACUACCUUAUACUGGGCCUAUAGCUUGGCUGAUUUGAUGCCUUACUUUCAAGUGGAAAUCCUGAAUUACAAUAUUGGUAAAAACUGGACUGUUGUCCAGAGCUGCAAAAGGAUUUCAGAAACAUAUUGUGAUCUUUCCAAGCUAAUCAUUGACCCUAAAUCCUAUUACAAUGUGAGAGUCAAAUCAUUUGUUGGAUCGAUGGAAUCUGAAUAUGAGACUAAAAAAGACUUUUGUUUACGAAUCCAUGGCAUCAUUGGUCCCCCUACAUUGUCUGCAUCAUGGAAUGAUAAUAACAUUGUUGUGGAAAUCUGGCACCCUCUUGUACCUUCUACAGAAGAAGAACCACAGACUAUACAGGACAUUUAUAACGAUUUUGAAUAUGACUUGUAUCUGACUGGGAUAAAUUUUACGUACAAGUCUGAUGAAUGCUUUGACGAUGGCUGUAUUGCUUACAUAGUGCCCCCCUCAAAGGAUGGGAGAGUCUGUAUUUCAGCUAAGGGCAGUUCGGAAUAUUGGGUUGUGGUAGGAGAGAAAUCAAAAGAAACCUGUAUACAACUGAAAGAUUUAGAUGCAGAAGGAAGUUACAAGAGGAAGAACAUCCUGAUCCUUGCUUUUGUGAUACUUUGUUUCGUAUUUUUUGUUGGCGUUUUGAUUUGUGCCGUUGCAAUCAAAAUUAGAGCCCGCGACAAGCUUCCUAACUUUCUGAAUAACUUAACGAAGAAUAGGUAUUCAUCCACUUUGCUGAAAUACAACAAUUCGAUGUAUGUUUCUAAAACCCCUAUUGAAAUCACUGGUAAUACAACUUCUAUAAUGGAAGAUGUCAUCUCUCACAAGGAAACAUCAGUUCAGCCUUUCUCCCAAGAACAGUAUGACACAGAAUACGAAAGAGCGAUGACCGAGAAAGAGGAACAGCAAUCUGAACCUGAAUCAGACAGCAGCAACAGUAAUUAUCACACAGAUAAUGGUCAUAAAGACGGUGACAUCAGUAUUGACUCUUUGAUACUUGAAAACAAGGAAGAAAUGCCUAAUGCCAAUCCGGUUUCCAAUUCAUAUGGCUAUGAUAAACCACAUGUUCCCUUAGAUUUACUUACACAAAUGAGCAAAGAUAUUUAACUGAAUGUUAGGUGCUAGGAACUUUGGUUCUGCAUUUCUAAACAAUGAAGUUAUGGAACUCAUGACAAAUUUAAAGCAGAAGAGACAGAUGAGGCAACGGACCGUUGUCACUAGAGCUAGAAUGCCAAAAGGAGACAGUGGUAAUGAUUCAUUACUGGGGAUUUAAAAAAAAAAAAAAAAAAGAGCCUCUCUUGUUUUAUCUACAAGACCUAUCCACCUGAUGUAUUCGUUUGUCUUAGUCUGUUAAUUCUAGUCUUGUCAUACCCCUUGAAUAUAUGUAUUGUAAGAAGCGCUGCUUAAAUUGUUGGCACUAUAUAAAUAAAAGAUAAUACAAGACAAUAACAUCCUGGGGGAGGGGGUUGUAAAAUAUAAUGUUUGUGAUCCAUGGAGCAGGACAUAUGCCUCUCCUUAUGAAGGGCACCCUGUGUCCCAUCUGGCACAGGAUGAAUGAUAAUCCCUGCUACAUGAGAAGCCAUGCUCGGCAGAAUAUUGAGUGUUCCCAGAGAAGCGUGUUUACUCUGGGGAUUGUGGUUUGAGUGGCCAUGGAAGAUAUUGGGUUGAUGUUGAGCCUGGAUUCCGUGGACAAUCCUGCUUUGGGAGUUCUGUAUGAUAGAUCCUUGUUGAUUAAUUGAGGAGGCUACCCAUAUAUAGCAGGGGACAGAAGCACAAGGAUAUGGAACCCUAUCCAAGGACCUUGGAGAGUCCUGCAUAUCAGGAUGUUUGUGUGAAUGUGUUCUAAGUAUGUGCCCAGCUCCUGUAUCCUGGUAGAGAUUGUUACAAACAACUAGAAUAGAGUGAGUGUAGUACAAGGCAUUUCUGCUAGAAUAUAUGUGGUAUCUCUCUCUCUUUGUUUCCCUGUAUUUGUUGUCCUCCAUUUGUAUGACUUCUCCCAUUAAGUGCAUUUUAUUACAUUUUUGUCUGGCUGGAUGAUCCUAGCAUUUUAUGUUAACUCUGGCCCUACCCCUGAGAAAUGCUACCAGGUCACUUCAAAACUAUGGCAGUGUUAUAUAUGUUUAUUUUAAAAUACAUAUAUUAAAAGGGGCUCCUUUUAAGGAUGUAAAUGUUUGACCACUUGUCAGAUUCUUGUUUUUCAUAUCCUUUAGGUAGCCUUUUGUGCUUAGUCUAUCCUAUGGAAUACACUUGGGUGCCCACAGGAGUGUGGGGUGCUGCCCUAUGUGCAGAUAAAGCGCCUGCAUUAGUUUCAAGGCCCAUGACAUUAAAGAACAAUGUGAGUAUUGUGUACAGUGUUUUACUUCACUAUCUUUUUCACCAACCACACCAAUUUUUCCAGGAGGAAAAUGGCAAAGCAAUACAUAGUUCACCCCCGCUGUCAAUCCCCUUGCUGAUAUUUCACUCUGCCCCUUCCAAAACACAAUAUUUGGACUGUAACUAAGUGGUCACCUUACUCGAAAGUGUCAAUCAACAUAAAAGCAAGUGGUUUACACGAUGUUAAUACAUUUUUGGCACUGUACAAUAGAGCAUGCUUGAUAAGUGAAAUGCCUAGUUGCUUUUGUACAGCUUAAUAUAUAUAUAUAAAUAAAACCACUACCCUUUAUAUGCA